GUUGGAUCAGCAUACCACCCCGGAGAUCUUCAGGACACCUCUUCAUGAGUUGGCCCUGUCUAUCAAGCUGCUGCGCUUGGGUCCCAUUGGUCCAUUCAUGGCCAAGGCUGUAGAACCGCCCCCUAUUGACGCUGUCAUAGAAGCUGAGGCUCUGCUCAAAGAAAUGCGAGCUCUAGAUUCCAAUGAUGAGCUGACUCCUCUUGGUAAAAUCCUGGCCAAACUUCCAAUCGAACCAAGGCUGGGCAAGAUGAUAAUCUAUGGCUGUCUCUUCUACUGUGGAGAUGCUGUAUGUACUAUAGCGGCCAGUACAACUUUCCCAGAGCCGUUCAUUACUCCCACAGACCGACGCAGAUUGGGUUGGGUCCACAAGUCCCUUGCUGGCAACAGGUGUAGUGACCAUGUGGCACUCCUUAACGCUUUCAAUCUGUGGGAGGAGGCCAGGGAAGUGUACAGGUGUAGUGACCUUGUGGCUCUCCUUAACGCUUUCAAUCUGUGGGAGGAGGCUAGGUGUAGUGACCAUGUGGUACUCCUUAACGCCUUAAAUUUGUGGGAGGAGGCCAGGUAUGUGUACAGGUGUAGUGACCUUGUGGCACUCCUUAACACUUCAAAUCUAUGGGAGGAGGCCAGGAGGCCAGGUAAGUGUACAGGCAGUACAACUUUCCCAGAGCCGUUCAUUACUCCCACAGACCGACGCAGAUUGGGUUGGGUCCACAAGUCCCUUGCUGGCAACAGGUGUAGUGACCAUGUGUCACUCCUUAACGCCUUAAAUUUGUGGGAGGAGGCCAGGAUGGGUGGAGAACAGAAUGAGAUCUAUUUCUGUGAACAGAAGUCUCUGUCUAUGCCUACACUCAGAAUGACCUCGGAGGCAAAGUGUCAGCUGCGAGAUAUCCUCAUCAACUCUGGAUUCCCAGAGGAAUGUCUACUACCUCAGGUGUACAACUAUAAUGGACCAGACAGCAACCUCGAUAUGGUGGUCACUCUACUGUGUAUGGGUCUGUACCCCAAUGUCUGCUUCCACAAGGACAAGAGGAAGGUACUGACCACAGAGAGUAGGGCUGCCCUAGUCCACAAGUCCUCCGUCAACUGUAACAACUUUGAGUGCAGGUUCCCAUCUCCCUACUUCAUCUUUGGAGAGAAGAUCCGGACACGAGCUGUGUCAUGCAAACAGAUGACAAUGGUAUCACCUCUCCAGCUACUGUUGUUUGCUUCUCGCUCAGUCACCUACCAUGAAGAUCUCAUAACUCUGGACAACUGGAUUAACCUUAAGAUGGCCUACAAUGCUGCAGCCAAGAUAGUGGCCCUGCGACCAGCCCUAGAGGCCAUGAUUGUGAGGACCACAUCAAACCCCGAGGGAGUAGGAACUCCUAGUCCCCAGGAAGAGUCACUGUUGUCUGUCAUCAGGGCACUCUCCAAGCCACGUGCAGGAAAAUUCGGCCAACAGGAUGAUAUGGGUCAACCUGGUGGACCAUCAUCAAAGUUUCAGCGAAUGGGUGGUGGAUUUGGUGGACGUGGAGGUGGAUUUGGAGGGCGCGGUGGAGGAUUUGGUGGUGGUGGUUUCAGGGGAGGAUUUCGGGGUCGAGGAGGUGGAGGAUAUGGAGGGGGUCGAGGAGGUGGCUAUAAAGGAGGGGGUGGAUAUGGCGGAUUCCGUGGUGGAGGUGGAUUCCGAGGCGGUCCCCGAGGAGGGGGAGGAUUUGGUGGAGGCGGAUUCAGAGGAGGAUUUUAAUGAUGAGUUUGAUAAACGAAGAUAUACAUAAGUCAAGUGUUAGUAUAGAGAGAAAGGAUGGGAAAGAUAUACAUGACAUUUUGUAGCGUCUGUAAUGCCACUUGGUGGUGACAUGUGUGAAGGCUGUUGUUCCUAAGUAAAAUCAUUAUAUUGCUUAAUCAUUAUUCAGAAAAAAGAAGAUUUUGUCUUUCAUACAGGUUUUAAUGGAGACACUGUAAACUAAAAUUCAUAGUUUGUAACAGAAAUUACAUUGUAAAUUUGUUGGCAUACUCGGUGGGAACAACUACUGCUUGGUAGUCAUUUGGGUAUACUGAAAAUGAUACUCUUUACCUCUGAUCAGAACAUUUAUGUAGAUGCCAUUCCUUAACUUGGAUAUUUUCAGUA